AGCGCAGCCAACUUCACUAGUAGUACAAGAAAAACUAUUGAAAGCAUAUGCAGUUUGGUGAUGUGGUCGGCGAAGUGCAUAAUAGACGACAACAAUAAUGACGACGAGGAAGGUUUGUGCUACGAUGAAAGCAGGAGUCUUUCAUUUGCGCAGCAAUGUCGACCUCUGCUCGUUGCGAAUUGCUCAGACUACGCCGUAGCCCACUCGAACAAACGCCUGCAGCCUGCGCGCCAUAUAAACGAGGUAUCAUUUUUGCCUCACAUUCAAGGCGCGAUGCGUCGCUUGCGAUUGACGCAACUGCUGCGACUGCAAAGCUACGCCUGGCCACAUCUCAACCAAGGCGCAGGCCAUGGCGCUGUUAUCGUGAGUGCACCGCGCAGUGGACGCACAUUGAGUUAUGUGCUGCCACUGUGCCAGGUGGUGAGCAACACCUUGACGGAGCACCGUUCUCGCCCGCGAUGGUGUUUGGAGGGCCCCAUUGCAUUGGUUCUGGUCGCCGAUUUGGUCCGAGUACAACAACUGAGCGUACUCUGCGCCGCAAUGUUGCGCAAGUCGAGGAACGAGGAGUGGUUGACACUGGUGCUAACAGUGCCCUCCUCCUAUACCCCGGAGUUCUUUCAGCGGCUACUCAACGGCGUGGGCUGCCUGGUGGCCACGCCUGCUCAGUUCCUGUGGGUGUGCGGGAAUGGCUUAAAGCUGCCCCAUCUGCGAUUUGUGGCUUACGAUGAUGCAGAUUUAAUGCAAGCUGAGCAAUUGAAACAGGCUCAUCAAAAGCUGCUGCUAUUGACCAAUCCAGAACGACCCCAGCUAGUCAUUAGCUCGCAAUCGUAUAAACCGCAGCUGCUUUCUAAGCUACGCGAGUUCAAUUCCCAGCCCAUGGUGCUCUUUGGUGAUGUGCUGGAGGCGGCUGUCUAUGGCGGCACGCGCCUGCAGAUCUCUCUUCAACAGCGAAAGGCCAAGUGUGGAGAGGUGUUGCGUGUACUGCGCGAGCGUCCGCCCCAUUUGCAUCGGACUGUCGUCAAUUGCCAAUCGGAUUCGGACAUACGUGAGCUGGUGGACACGCUGGUGUUGCAUGGUUAUAAUUGUUUGCCCUAUUAUCAGACGGCAGACUUGGAGGUGCGCGAUCAUGUGCAUCGCUGGAUGCAGGAUAGUCAAGGCGAGCUGUUGCUUUGCACCGAUCACUGCCCGGAGCUGGAUGUGCGACACGCCCAUACGCUGUUACAUUAUAGCUUGAGUGAUAGCUGGAGUCUGUUCAAGCUGCGUCAUCUGGCACUCGCAGAUAAUCUGAACAACCAAUUGGCGGCCACAGAUCUAAAGGAGCAAACAGGGCAGCAGCCUGAGCAGGAUCGUUUACUUUCCCUGGUUUUGCUUGAUGAGAGCAAUAACAAUCAGCUGCCGCGUUUGGUGGACUUCUUGCAAAUGCAUCAGGAAGUGGACAAACUUGUUGUCCAGCUGGCUCGCAGCAUUCGUAUGCAGAUAGAACGCACCAAGAGUAAUGAGGCGGCUCUAUGCGAUCUGCUGCUCAGCUUGGGUGAAUGUGUCGAUACGCAAUGUGAAGAGCGCCAUCAGCUGCUGAUGCACGAUCGUCUGCUGCCCGCGCAGAUGCCUGCUCGCGGGGAUGUCAAGAUGCAGCUAAUACGUGUUUAUACGCCGACCCAUUAUUGUGUCCGUCUAUUAGAGCAUUUGCCACCCGGUGGCUGCUGGCAAGCGCUGUCUCGCAACGGAGCAUUGGAGCUGCAGCUACAGCUGCUACAAUCGCAGGAGUGUGUGCGCGUCUGGCCACCGCUGGUCAAACAAAUCUGUGUGUAUCGCAAUUCGAGUGGGUACGAACGCGUGCGGAUACUGCGAGUGGACCCUAUUGCUCAGUUAAAUCUCUCGAGAACUGAUUUAUCCGUGACGGUGCAGGCAUUGGACAUGGACACUCGACAGUUUACGACCACCAGCGGCAAGCUGUUCAUGUGCCCAGAACAAUUACAAGACGAGCCGCCACUGGCAAUAGAUGUGCGCAUCGUGGGCGUGGUGCCCUACACAGGCGAGCGCAAUUGGCAUGAAAAGGAUGGCAAGCAAUGUGAAACCUGGCUAAAUUCUACGCCGCAGCCCAGUUUCUUGCAGGCACGUAUUCUGGCGGCUCUGUCGCAUACGCUCUUUGUCCACGACUUGGCAGUGACAAGCUACGCGCCCAACCUACAAUUGCAUGUGCGUAGCCUCACUAUCUGCCAGCAGUUGCUACGCAAGCAAUUGGCCAAGAAAUGCAAAAAGGCCGAGGCGAAACUGUUGAAAUUUCUAGAGAGGGACCCAUGCCAAAAUCUGGAUUUGCCGAAAACGUCCGAGCUGCCGCGUCAAAAGCUAAAUAUGAAGACAGAAACUUUGCUCAAAGGCAGAGCUAGCAUCUUUGCCAAAAUGGCGCUGCAGCUGGGCAAAGAGAAUAGAUUGCGCCUGCAGCAAAAGCAACGGGAGCUGGAGGAGCAGCAACAGCUGGAUGACGUACAAACUACGAAGCAGAGAGAGCAGCAGCAACAAUCGGAGGAUAGCUUAGAAGCAUUGUGCAAUUGCCUCAUGAAAUGCACAAUGAUGCAGCUGCAGCAGGAUAAUAAAGAGAAUGACCUGCUAACAAAAGAUUGUAUCGAGAAUAUGCCUGAUGAAUCGUUGAAGAAUAUGACGAGGCCGGAGCCGGAAUUGGAGGCACGGCCAGGCGUUCCUAAUAAAUUAGAUGCUGCUGCGGAUUCAGUUAUCGAAUAUACAAUACACGAUAUACAAAUACAAUUUCAGCUGCCGUCAAAUGUAGUUCGACCCGAGGUCAUUUACUAUCAAACGGCUUGUACGCUGGAACUGCAAAUUCCUCUUCCGGAAGAUAUGCUGCCUUAUGAAGUUCUGCUGCACAAUGGUUGCUGUAUUGUUUUUAGGACACUGCCUCCUGCAAUGUGUUCUAGCACGCCUAUGUAUCAGUUUAUUGUGAACACUCAUUGCCAUUUCGUGAACCUCAGUCAUCGUAUGCAAGGUCGUACCGUCUAUGUGAGCGUACUGAAGGCUCUGGCAGUUCCAUAUCCGCUGGAUUUUGGUUUCUUCAAAUUUAUGAAGCCACAUUACGAAAAACUUCAUCGAAUGGAAAAGGAGCGCCGCGGUCGAUUGAAGAAUUUUGAAUCUAAUUUACUUUGUAAUGGUUAUUUCCCAAGCAGAGUCUUGAAACGUGCGAGCAGUUCCGAUGAUUUGAGUAGUGAUGAUCAAGCUGAUGAUCCGGCUGUUUCUGGUAGAGAGCGAGUGGAGCGGGCUCGCGAUGAUUCUGAAUUUAUUUACAGUUAGAAGCAUAAAAAUUUUAUUUUGACU